AUGAAUCAUUCGACAUGCCCUCAACAACUAAAACACCCGCAUCUCCUUAUACUGAUAUUUACCGUUGAAAUGUUUCAGAACAUCUUGAGGGAAAAUUCAGUCUUCUUUUCCUUUAUUUUCAUUCAUACUUUCUUUCGUCUUCUCUUUUCUUUUAUCUCUUUCUAUCUCCUCAUUUUUUCCUAUUAUUUGUCUUUUUCUCUUUCUUUCCUUCUUUCUUUUUAUUACAUUAUAUGUGUCCGUUUUGCCUUUUUCGUUUUCUUAACUUCUUUCCUAGAUUCUUUUUUCUUCUCUUUCGUUUUUUUUUUCUUUUCAUUUGAAUUUUUCCCCCUUUCUUUUUUUCUUUCAUUCAUUCACUCGUUCGUUCUUUCUUUCACUUACAUUAAGCUUUUUUCUUUUCUUUUCUGUUUUUCUUUUCUUUUCUGUUUUUCUUUUCUGUUUUUCUUUUCUGUUUUUCUUUUCUGUUUUUCUUUUCUGUUUUUCUUUUCUGUUUUUCUUUUCUUUUAUUUUCUUUUUUCUUUUCUUUCUUUUUUUCUUUUCUUUUUUCUUUUUUUUCUUUUCUUUUUUCUUUUCUUUAAAAAUGUGUAUCUUUUAAUUCUUUCUUGUUUUUCAUUUUGGCAAACUGUAUACUUUUUUAUCGUUCCUCUUUCUUUUUUUUCUGUCUUUCUUUUCAUUAUCUUUCUUUUUUUUUUUUUAGUCGAUAUUUGUAUUUUUCUUGACUCUUUUUCCUUCCUCCCUUCCUUUGAUACCCCGUUUUUUCGCAUAGACUUGUCAUUUUUUCUUUCUGCAAGUCUUCUUUACUUUCUUCAUUCAUUUUUUCCUUCCUUCUUGACUGGCAACAUAUCGCCCUUAUUAAUGAAGAUACUUUUCGCUCCUGAUUGGCUAAAUAACGACUCUGUCGGAUUUCAAAUCGAUUUACUCUUUUACUAUUUUUUUAUUUUCUUUUAUUCUAUUAAUAAUUUUUCCUUUCUCUUUCUUUUUUACUCUUUCUCUCUUCUUUUGUUCGCUCUCAUUCUUUCAAUUACAUAA